GAGUGUUGCCCUCACAGUGGUUUGUUUUUGUUGGAGCUCGCUUGGUGGCUCACGACGCUAACGUUUUGUCUUGUUCUUCCCUGGUGGACAUCAAGCAAAAUGUCUCUCGGGCAGCUUACAGCAAAUUACACGGAUUCGGAGGGUGAAGAUGAUGACCGCAUGAGUGAUGACUCUUCUCACAAGUCUUCAUCUUUAGGAGGAACAAGAAUAUUUGAGCUGCGCGAGGAAGGUCGGGGAACUCCUUACAGUGUAGAAUCAGGAGGUUCAGGCACAACCACUCCACAGAAAAAGCUCAACAGGUUGGUUUCAUAUGCUAAUGAAGAGGAUGAUGAUGAAGGGGAAGAACUUGGGAGAGACAGAGAUGAAGAUGAGCCAGAUGAAAUGCUCAACUCCGAGCCCAUGGACACUGGCACAGAUGAAGGUGAAGAUGAUAAAGCCAAGGUCAAGUCCCAUGGUGUCAAGUUACCUGCACCACCUCCUGGCAAAUGUCCACAACAUCUUCAGGAUAAGGUCAUCAGAUGCCUAAAUGAGGUACGCCGGGGAAACAAGGACUAUAAUGCCAUGAUUCAGAAUAACAAGGAGUUUCGAAACCCUGGCAUUUACGAGAAGCUGAUCGACCUCUUGCAGCUUGACGAGAUGGGAACCAACUAUCCACUGGAUAUGUUUGAUCCUCACAGCUGGGGUAAGGAAUCAUAUUAUGAUGAAUUGGCAAGAGUACAGAAAGAAGAGAUGGAUAAGAGAGAAAAGGAACGAAAGGACAAGACAAAGGUGGAUAUCAUUUCUGGUACGAAAAAGCCACUUGAAGAGGAAGCCAAAAAGCGAAAAUCCAGGUUUGACCAAGGAGGUCCAUCCAAUAAUGUUAUCAAGCCCAUGAUAGUUCCUCCAACCCUCACAUCUGUACCAUCAGGAACUAAAGCUACCAUAGAUGCUUUUGGUAGCCUCAAGAAAACAAAAUAGAGUACCUAAGUCUCAAUUGAUGUGUAUUUAGGAUUUUAUAUAACAAAGUUUUUAUUACAAAAGUGCUGACUGCAUUUGCUAUUAUUAUAUUUAAGUCUUUCAUACAUGUUAUAAAUCUGUAAAGAAUGCGAGUACACUGUCCUCCCAUGUCUUACUCAGACCGUAUUGUACCUGGAGAGUUGUUAACAAUUUUUGUUUUGAAGGCAGCAGCAGCAGCGGUGGUGGUUUCAUAAGAAAACUACAAAUUAGUUCAUGACAAAAGUCUAUACUCAUUUCAGUAAAAGCUACACAUUAAGGGAUAGAGGAGCAUCUUACAUGUGUCAAUACUACAUAAUGUAAAAAUAUAAAAUUAUUUACAUAUCUACAAAUAUGAACUUGAAAGAAUAAACUUUUCAGUAUACAUAUAAAAGCUCUAUUCAUAAAACAAAAAUAAAUGCUGAGUGAAUUAAUGUAUAUUUCAUAUGAUGUUUAGCUACCCACAGCUUUAAGCCACCAUAAACUUCUUUACAGAAAACAA